AUGAAUACACUGAAGCCAAAGUUUAUUGAUAGUAUUUCUGCCGCAAAUCAUGGUUCUGAAAGAAUUCCAAUUGAUAAUCCCAGCGGUAACAGUGUAGUGCGUUCUGAUGACAUUAUUAACAGCACAGUAAUGAUUCCUGGUUGGUGGCAUAAUGCAUUAACUGAAGAAGGUCAAGAAUUUGAAAGUGCAAAAGAAUUAAGGUUGGCGCUGACAUACUAUGCUCUGGCCAAAAUGUUUGAUUAUGUGUUUAAAAAGAACAAGCCAAAACGUAUCCGUGUAUAUUGUCGAUAUAAAGAAACUUACAAGUGCCCAUGGAUGUUGUUUGCUUCACCUGUUAAGAAUGAAAAGAGACUUUCGAUCAAGAAGUUUGUUAAUGAACAUACUUGUGGGCAGUACGGACAAAAUACAAGUCGUUCAAGGGCAUCCCGUUUCUUGAGUGGAUGCAGACCCCUUCUAUUUUUGGACGGUACAUUUUUGAAGGAUCGAUAUAAAGGUAUGCUCCUUUCGGCCAUAGCAUACGAUGGGAACCAAGGUAUAUUUCCAUUAGCGUAUUGCAUAUGUGAUCAAGAGAAUUUGAUGAAUUGGAAGUGGUUCCUCCAAGAUCUAUGGUCCAUACUUUAUGAGAGGGCUGACCCUUACAAUCCUCCCCACCAAUUGGUUAUAAUUUCUGAUGCGGACAAAGGAAUUAAAGAAUCAGUAAAAGAGUAUUUUUCAGAAGCUCUACACUCGAGGUGUGUUCUACAUCUUGUUGAAAAUUUUAGGUUAAAGCUUAAGGACGUGGGUAUGAAGUCGAAUGACACUCAUGUUCUGGGGAACUUACUCCAAAUUGCUUGUUAUAAAUACACAAUAGCAGAAUGGAAUGAGUACAUGAAAGAGAUAUAUGACAUGGAUCCAAGGGCAAACAACAUUACUGUGAACUACUCUCCUGAUCAAUGGGCAAAUGCAUUCUUCCCGGGAAUAAGGUAUGGGCACGUAACAUCUAAUGUCGCUGAGUCUUUUAAUAAUUGGAUAAGGAAGGCUAGAAUGCUACAGAUUCUACAAAUAGUUGAGCAUAUUCGUAAACAGAUAAUGGUCCGAAUGAGUAAUCGCCGGUUACUUGGAGAUAAAUGGGUUAGAUAUCUCUGUCCACAAACAGAGAUGGUGCUUAAAGAAAAUAUAGAGAAAGGUCGUCCAUUAGAUGUUAAGCAAGCUGCAGCUGACAUAUUUGAAGUGCAAGCACAUAAAACUACCCGUGUUGAUUUGGAGAAGAAGACAUGCACUUGCCGUGCUUGGGACGUCAUGCGGAUUCCGUGUAAAGAAGACAUGCACUUGCCGUGCUUGGGACGUCAUGCGGAUUCCGUGUAA